GCGGCAGCCAAUCGCGCCGCCGCUCGCGAGGGGCCCUGCGUGCGCGCCCCAGCCACACAAAAGCCAGCGAGGGCGGGCGGGCGCGAGCGAGCGAGCGAGCGCGGAGGCGGCGGCGGCGGCCCCGGCAGCCGCGCGCAGGGGAGCGCGGGGACCCGCCGGCCGCGGGACCGGACCGGCCCGCGCUGCGCCCCGACCGCGGGACCUGCGGCCGCGCCUCUGGGAUACGUACAACUCACGUGCUGACACCGGCCUUCGCCCUGGGUUCUGCUGUUGGUUUUUUGCCUUUUUGAUUUUUUAAUUUUUUUUUUACCUUUUUGCCUUUUUUUUUUUUUUUUUUUUUUUUUACUAUUUUUGGCCGAAGGGAAUUGAUACCUCCGAGCGCGGACCCGGCGCCAGUUCCCCGCCGGGCGGCACCCCCGCGCCGGGGCACUCCCCCCCCCCCCCCCGCCUCUCCUCCUCCUCCUCCGCCUCCCCGCCCCCGUCGUACGGUGGAGCCGCCGAGGGGCGCAGCCGAGCGCUGCCCCGGGCUCUUCCCCGGCCCCGUCCCGCUCCCCCGCCGCUCCCCGCCUGGCCCCGCGUUGGCAGCCGAUGUAGGGCACGGCGCGGCGCGCCCGAGCCCCAGCGCCGCCACGGGAGCGGCCCCGCACCGCCGCGGGCGUCGGCGCAGCCCCCGCGGCGCCGUCUAUGCCCGCGCCGCGCUCCCUCCCCGCCGCCUCCCCCAUGGUGCGGCCCCGCCGCGGGCCGUCGGCGAUUCGCUGGGCAGGGCCGCGGGGAAACAAACCGCCGCGCCGGGUGCUCCGGGCAGGCUGCGAGGGCGGCGGGUCUGAGAUGAGAUAAAGCCGGCGGCGGAGCGAGGAAGCCCGGGGGGGGGGGGCGGGGGGGUGGCGAGUGGCGGCGGAGAGCGACGCGACCCCCGGCCGCCCGCGUGUCGUAUGUUCAGGUCCAAACGCUCAGGGCUGGUGCGGCGACUUUGGAGGAGCCGCGUCAUUCCGGACAGGGACGGCGGAGAUGGGAGCGCCAGGAGCGGCCACGACCUCGGAGCCACCGGUAGCUGCAAGAUCCCGGAGAAAAACCCCUCGGCCGAGAUCCGCGCGGUAGCGCGCAGCCUGCUGCGGGAGGCGGAGGAGCGGCGCGGCGGGGCGGCGGGCGAGGCGGCGACCCGCGGGGACCCCAUGGCGGAGCGGAGCGGGGCCCGGCUCCGCGCCCCGCCGCGGCGGGAGGGCGCCGAGGGGGCGAGCCCGCGGCGGGCGCAGGAGAACGACGGCCGGACGGUGACCUGCUGCCUCUUCAAGGAGCGGGAGCCGGGCGGCCCACAGCCCGCCGCCGCCGCCGCCUCCGUUGUCGUCGCCCCCCCCAGCCCCGACGGCGCGACCGACGGCGGCUCCCCGGAGCGGCGGGGCCGGGAGGCGCGAUCGCGGCUGCUGCUGCUGGAGCAGGAGCUGAAGGCCGUCACCUACUCCCUGCUGAAGCGGCUGAAGGAGCGCUCGCUGGACAGCCUGCUGGAGGCGGUGGAGUCCCGCGGGGGCAUGCCCAGCGGCUGCGUGCUGGUGGCCCGCACCGAGGUGCGCCUGGGGGGCCAAGCGGCGCCCCCCCACCUGCUCUUGGGCAAACUCUUCCGCUGGCCCGACCUGCAGCACCCCGCCGAGCUGAAACCCCUCUGCGAGUGCCAGAGCUUCGGCGUCGCCGACGGACCCACCGUCUGCUGCAACCCCUACCACUUCAGCCGCCUCUGUGGGCCAGAGUCUCCACCACCUCCCUACUCUCGGCUGUCUCCUAAUGAUGAGCAAAAGCCACUGGAUCUAUCAGAUUCCACGUUGUCUUACACUGAAACAGAGGCUACAAACUCACCCAAUGUCACACCUGGAGACUUCUCAGAUGCCAGUACGUCGCCCGAUGCCGUGAAGAGGAGCCAUUGGUGCAACGUGGCCUAUUGGGAGCACCGGACGCGCGUCGGCCGCCUCUACACAGUGUACGAACAGUCUGUCAGUAUAUUUUAUGACCUACCUCAAGGAAACGGCUUCUGCCUCGGACAACUAAACCUGGAAAACAGGAGUGAGACUGUGAGAAGGACUCGAAGUAAAAUCGGCUACGGGAUUUUACUUAGCAAAGAACCGGACGGUGUGUGGGCUUACAACCGCAGCGAGCAUCCCAUCUUCGUCAACUCCCCGACACUGGACAUCCCCAACUGUAGGACUUUGAUAGUGCGCAAGGUGAUGCCGGGCUAUUCCAUCAAGGUGUUUGACUACGAGAAGUCCUGCCUCUUGCAGCACACGGCCGAUCUGGAUUACGCCGACGGGCCCUACGACCCGAACAGCGUGCGGAUUAGCUUCGCCAAAGGCUGGGGGCCGUGUUACUCGAGACAGUUUAUCACGUCGUGUCCUUGUUGGCUGGAGAUUUUACUCAGUAACAAUCGAUAACGGUCAGCCUCUGACGAAAGGAAAAAGAGAAAAAAAGACACAGACUAUCCCAAAUAUCAUCUACCUAGAUUUAAUAUAAAGUUUUAUAUAUUAUAUGAAAAUAUAUAUUAUACUUGUAAUUAUGGAGUCAUUUUUACAAUGUAAUUAUUUAUGUAUGGUGCAAUGUGUAUAUGGACAAAAAACAGAAAAUGCACUUUGGCUUAUAUAAUUCUUUCAAUACAGAUUUUUUUAAAAAAGAAAAAUUAUACAGCAAAAGUAGGAGAAAGCCCUAAUUUUGAUGUAUGGUUUUUUGAAAUAUUAUUAAUACCCAGACAAAAAGCUAAUACCAGUCACUCAUUGAUAAUAAAGUAUUCGCAUUAUAGGG